AUGACAAAUGAGACCACAGUAUGGGAAUUCAUAUUGUUAGGGCUGACUGACAACUUUCCCCUUGAAGUUACCCUUUUUCUCCUCCUGUUUGGAAUUUAUCUUUCGACUUUAAUAGGAAACACAGUGAUUAUUAUUAUCACACAGAUGAAUGUUCAACUCUGUAGCCCAAUGUAUUUCUUCCUCCGAUAUUUGGCAUGGGUAAAUAUUGGGUUUAUGAGUACUGUAAUUCCCAAAGCACUGGUCAACAUAGCUACUGGUAGUAAGAGCAUCUCUUUAGCUGGUUGCUUCAUACAGAUAUUUCUUUAUUUGGUCCUUGGUACCACUGAGUUCCUCCUAAUAGCUACAAUGUCUGUUGAUCGAUACAUAGCCAUCUGUAACCCUCUUCACUACCCAACCAUCAUGAAUACUCGAAUCUGCUCAUUAUUGGUAUUUUGUUGCUUGGCUGGGGGAUUAUCACUAAUUCUAGUUGCAUGCAUUCCUUUAUUUCUAAUGCCAUUUUGUGGUCCUAAUGUCAUGAAUCAUUUUUUUUGUGACAAUGGACCCCUAAUGAAACUGGCCUGUGUUGACACCAGCUCCCUAGAAAUGAUUCAUUUUGUAAUUGCCGUAUUCUCUCUGCUUGGGACCUUAAGUGUCAACAUUGUGUCUUAUGUCAAAAUCAUUUCCACCAUUCUGCGCAUUCCAUCAACCACAGGGAGGAAGAAGGCCUUCUCCACUUGUGCUUCUCACUUUACCAUGGCCACUAUCGCUUACAGCAGCUGCCUUUCCAUGUACAUCAAGCCAACAAGCACCAGCGGAUUGGAUUACAACAAAAUGGUGGCUCUUCUGAAUACAGUUAUAAGUCCUUUUUUUGUCCCUAUCGUAUACUGUUUGAGGAACAGACAAGUGCAAGAUGCUUUGAAGGCUGAACUGAGACAAAGGAUCCAUUUUGCAAAAAAAUGA